GGUCAGCUUUCCCUGUGUUGCGAUUGGCUGAGGGCGAGGAAGCUAGUGAUUGGUGGUUCAAUAGCUCCCCUCAAGCCCAUGUGCAGGAAUCUGGACAAUAUUAUGCUGUCCUAUUCGUCUGUUAACUGACAAUUUGCAGUAUGGCAGAUGUCAGUAGUUUAGUGAGCGAGGGCCAGAACAGCCUUAUGGUGAAGUGUGUGCACUGUGAUUCUCGAGUCCUCUCUCCCCAGUCGGCAACCUUCCUCAGCAGUUCUCACCCACUACCUAAGCCCACACAACCAAAGGGCCAAGCCUCUACCAACACAGAAGAUCUCAGCGAGUGGUGGGUGGUUGAUGACAUGUUCACAUUUGACAACAUAGGAUUUUCUCACUCAGUCGGCACCACAAAAUACCUGGUCUGUGCGGACUGUGAACGGGGACCUGUGGGCUGGCAUGACAACACCACCAGGAAAAGCUAUGUAGCACUGGCAAGAGUGAAGCACGCAUAGCUGGUCUACUUUCCUCACAACGAUUUUUUUCUAAGGAAACUAAUUCUAAAUUUAGAUUCACAGAAAACAAAAAAUCCAUAAGGAAAACCAUUCAUCUCUAAUGCUGCUGAAAUUCUCAAAAUAAAUCAUCAUAUACUGUAUUGAACCAGUUAACAAUGCUGUUAUCGGUACAUCCAGUUAGUGAAAAGUAUGUACAACUCCAUUUAUUAUUCCACAACUGUUAGAAGACAAUCAUCAUGUGGAAGUGAAGGUGGCAGAGACGGCCCCCUGAAGGUCACACUGACAUGUUGGCUGGUGUCCUGGGUACUGCAGCACCUUACUGGGGUGUUCACUUGUAAGGUGUAUUAAUAACUCUGACAUAUAGAGUGUGUGUGUGUGUGUACAGUCUCUAAAAUAAUUAUCUAUACAAAAUUGUGUUGAGAAAAUAUAACAAAAUAGACAAAGAAUUUUGACAAUCCAACUGAGACAACAAGAGUCACCGUGUUAAUUCUGAAAUUCAAUGACCCCGAAGUAUAGAAUUUUUUUGAGUGACUGUAUACAUGUGUGUGUGUAUGUGUUGUAAUAGUGUGUGUAUGUAUGUAUGUAGGUGAGUGGGUGUGUGUAUGUGUUGGCCAAGGAUUUGCUGAUUGUUACAUAUCAUGACAUCUGCUAAGCUGUUGUUGGGUUGGGUCAAUACUCUAUGCACUGGUAUUUGCUUUCUAGCUCAGUUUUUAUUAUAACUUCAAAGGGAUUUAAAAGGAAAAUUGUGCUUUAGGUUAAUACACAUUCCACCUGUAAUUUGCUCAUCUUAUACUGAGAAGGAACGCUUGAAUUACUUUGGUUGUGAUUUGAACCUACACGAAUAGUAAUUAUGAUGAGUCAGGAUGAGUUUUCAGUAGGAAGUCUUUCAAUUGAAGAAUUGGUAUAUGAAUGAUAUACUGUACUAUAGACUACCUUUGUGAACAUCAAAAGUAAGGUGUAUUUGCUGACUGUAGAAGACUGACAUGUCUCUCAGAAUAUUUUGUACAACAUUAAUAGAAAUGUGCAAUUGUUGUUGAGGGAGUUCAUUUGGAAAUUAUCUAAAAUAAUGAGUGGUUGGGCUGUGGACAAAAACCUGUCCUACAGUUGUCGUCUGGGUGAGUUUUGCCUCUUGAGUAAAAAAUAAGUGCCUGAUAUACAAAGAUAUAGUCAAUACUGUGUAGAGCUUCUUGCUUUGUGUAUUUCGUGUUAAGUGACAAAAAGUGGUAGUUAUUGUACAUUUCUCUGGUUCUACAUUGUCCAUGUGAUUCCUUGAUCUUAACUCACUCAGUGUUGCUGAAUGGGAAAGUGUCCCUGGCAAAUGCUCAAAUAGCAGUGGCUACAACAGAGACUUAUAUUUUAAAAACUAUCUGAACUUUUAAGGAACAAUUGACACAAUAUAACUCAUAAAGAUAUUUUACAUUAUCACAAGACCUUGGAUGUGGUAAGUCAUAUACAGUAUGUCCAGUAUACAUAAAUAAUGGUGCAUUUAUACUGUAGAGUGGUACAGUAUUUAUCUCCUUAAACUUUUGUAAGCAAACCAACAAACUUUACAUUUAAUGGUUGGUAAAUGUCAGUACAGUACUUGCCACUUAACCUUAUUGUACCUGGAUGUAGUCUUUGUGUUCACAUGCCAUAUUAUGUUCCACUACAGUCAAGUUCCUUCACUCUCACACCCAACUUUUCUUAACUGUGUCCUGACUAUUGCCUGCCAUCAUUUGUAUCCCAGAAUGCAACUCCCUUGUGCGAUGGGUCCCACAUUAACUCUACCAUCAAAUAAAGCUUCAAGUUGAAUGGAACUAAGGUACAUAUCUUAACAUUUAGGCAAAGCAUUAUAAUACAAGACUUAUUUUAGACAAGUUUAGUUAUACAUAUGAAAAUAACACAGCUAUGGAAACAUGUCUGGACAGCAGCUACCUGAUCUGUUAGUAUACUAAAUAUUCAUAUGGAAUCUACAAUAGACCAAAUUUUUAGUAAUUUUUGGGAGUACAAUACAGUAAGUGAUUCCUUAACAUGUGUUUUUUUCAAACUCUGUUAUGAGAGAGAAGUGCUGUACAGAACAUAUAAAAAAAUGAGUUAUAUGUGGACAACAACAAUAUAUGAGCCCCUACUUAGGCACAAAUCCACACCCAGGUAAAACAGGGCUAACUUGGCUGCUUUAAAUUUAUUUAUGGAAUUGAAGUAUAAUUACUCAAGAGAUUUCGUCUUCAAACUAUGAAACUGAUCAUUGUAUUUCAAAUUUUUUUAAGUUCAUGCCACUAAAAUAAUGCUAUAUAAAUGAUUAAUACUAAAUUUAAUUUCUUUCCUUUGGCUGCAUUUGUAUCAUAUUGUAAAGGGUAAAUGUGUAAAUUGCUGGUGGUGUGUGGAAAGGCCUUAACAGUUUACUGCACAUUAUAACUCUUAGGAAGUAGGAACAUUAAGUCACUGAUACAUGAGGUACAGGAGGUAACUGGUAGAUUAAAUGACAUGGAGUUACUGUAGUACUGCACAGUAGAUUGACAUACAUACUGUAAACCUAUCCAAAAAGGUGUCACAAUCCCAGGGUGCAAUGGAAAUCGGAAUGAAAAAGUACGUAAAGACAAAGAUGUACCUGUUGGGUAGGAUUCUUUAACGUGCAAUAUUUUGUGAUUUUGACUACUGAAAUAAUAUUAAGCCUAACAAUAUUUGCAUUAAAAUCAAU